UGGGCCGGGCGCCUUGGCGCUCGCGCCUGUGGUCCGGCGCGCGCGCGCGCGCGAGCACGCGCGCCCUUCGGCGCCCUUUGACCCCGCGGCCCCGGAGGAGGCCCAGGCCUAAGCCCCAAAGCCCCGCCAUGGCCAAGUACCUGGCUCAGAUCAUCGUGAUGGGGGUGCAGGUGGUGGGGCGGGCCUUUGCCCGAGCGCUCCGCCAGGAGUUUGCAGCAAGCCGAGCAGCAGCAGAUGCCCGUGGGCGAACUGGGCACCAGUCCGCAGCUGCCUCCAACCUCUCAGGACUUAGCCUCCAAGAGGCCCAGCAGAUCCUCAAUGUUUCCAAACUGAGUCCCGAGGAGAUCCAAAAGAAUUAUGAGCACCUGUUCAAGGUGAAUGACAAGUCUGUGGGAGGCUCCUUUUAUCUGCAGUCGAAGGUGGUGCGAGCCAAAGAGCGUCUGGAAGAGGAGCUCAAAAUCCAGACCCAAGAAGAAACGGAGCAAGCGCAAAAGCCAAAAACGUAACUCUAGCUGUGUCCUUGGUCCUCGUCUCUGCCUGUGUAAUUUAUAGCCCUCUAAUAAAUAUCCCUUCUACCCAU